UUACAUAUUUAAAUAUAUUUCUGGACAAUAUUUAUAUCAACCUGUUCUUAUUAUAUUUACAUCCUGUGUAAUUAUCUUAUUAUUAUCAACAGCGCAUGCGUGAACCACCUGCGAGUCCCCACUGAGGGCGGAAGCGUGCCUCACUUCCUGUUUACGCUCCUCUUACUGUACUCGAGUGAAAAGCUUCAGACUGUCUCUGUCUGAAAUGCCUCCCCCGUCGAUCUAAACGCGGUUGAACAGUCGCAUAUAUAAGGAGCUCUCCUCGUGGCCUCAGUUCCUGUCAGCAGCCACCAUGUCGUGCCGGAACAUCCACGCCACCAACGCUUUUUCCUUCAUCAUUGCCUUUGUGUGUGUGGGAGGGAUUGCCGUGGCAGCGUUAAUCCCACAGUGGCGCAUAACGAGACUCGUCACCUUCAAUCGUAAUGCCAAGAAUGUCAGCGUGUAUGAUGGGCUGUGGGCUAAAUGUGUGAAACAGGAUGGCUAUUCGGGAUGUUACUACUAUGAUUCAGAGUGGUACUCUAAAGUGGAUCAGCUGGACCUGCGGCUCCUGCAGUUCUGCCUGCCUACAUGCCUGGUGCUCAGCUCUCUGGCCUUGCUGCUGUGCAUGUCAGGAAUGUGUAAGACCUGCUGCUGCUCAGAAAAGCCUGAACCGGACAUUAAGACCAUCAGAUUCCUGGUAAACAGUGCAGGCUGUCACCUGGUGGCUGGGAUGUUUUUAUUUCUCAGCGGUGCCAUCGCCAUCGCACCCUCUGUGUGGUUCCUUUUCCGCACCAAGGAAAUGAACAUCAGAUAUGACAACAUUUUCUCUGAUGGCUUUGCUGUGUAUGUAUCCAUAGGCUGCUCUGGAGGACUAAUGCUAGCAUCCCUGCUGAUGUUCAUGUGGUACUGUAUGUGUAAAAAGUUGCCUUCACCCUUCUGGUUGCCCCUGCAGUCCAUGCCUACCUCUCUGUCCGCCCAGCCUCUCACUGCCAAUGGAUAUCCUCCUUCCCCUGUUUAUGGUCCUCAGCCCUUCCCACCACAGGCCUAUCCUCCCACAGUGAUCGACGCCCAGCCGUAUGUAGCUGCUCAGGGCUAUGCUCAAAGUGUGGUCGCCCCUGCACCAACGCAGGUGUACAUGUCUCAGAUUUCUGCCCCGGAGGUGUACGGCUCUGAGGUGGGAGGGACCCAGGCCUACAGCUACGCUCCAUCACAGAGUUACGCUCCCUCGCAGAGUUACGCUCCUUCUCAGGGCUACGCAUCUAGCUACACAGGCCGCCACUACUCCUCCCGCUCAAGGAUGUCUGCCAUAGAAAUUGACAUUCCCGUGAUACAGGGACAGUAAGAUAAGAGAGGGUGAUAUCAUCAGCACAUUGAAGGCUUCUCUCCAUGAAUCUCCAUGGAGUUCACCACUGAUAAAACUAAUAAGAGUGUGCUAGAUGAAAAAGGUAAUAAUAUGGAAGCUAUUGACAGCUAGAGUGAUAGAUUCAAGAAUUCAGUUAGUUCAGGUUAUAGAAAUGAGACCCUGGAGGUAUUAUAUGAAGGAUGAUCACUAAAGCACUGGUGCAAACAACGCUGUUUUCAGCUAAGUAUUAUAAGAAGGGAAGAAAUAAAGUUAUUUGCAGCCAAAACUACUGAAGAACACCUCAACCAACUAUCCUGUUUUGCUACUGGUGGUAUGAUCACUAAAAUAAUAGCAGCUAAAUUUCUUGAGUAUCUGAUGGACCAACUUACCAGCUACAGGUAAAUAGUUUGUAGCAUUUCAUAUAAACUCUUGACUUUUGAAUUUAGGAAGUCCUUAUGCUGGCUGCCAAAAAGCUGAUGACAGCUAGUCGGCAAAGUGAAACCUUUCUGUUACAUUUGUUUAUGUUGGACACAACUUGUCACUUUUUUAUCCUUGUGUAAAGUAUGUAGGUCUUCUGUUAUCACUACUGAACAUAACACUGUCGUCAACUUUUGUUGAAUGGACAACUACUAAGUAACUCACCUUUUUGUGUCUGUUGUGUAACAUGAAUUGUUAUUAUGUUGUUGCAAUGUCACAGUGCCCUGUGAAGAGCAGCUGUUAUUGUUUUUAAUGCACUAAUUAUGUGAAUACUGUGCCGGUUUACGUUGCCUUUGUUCACUGACGCUGUUAGCCUGGAGUAUUUUCUAACAUUACUUAAUCAUUUAUUGCAACAUUUGUGUUUAUGUAAAAAAAAAAAGAAAGAAAGACGGCACUAAGAAAUCUGUUAAUGUCAAAAACACUAGGAGAAAUUUCAUCAUGUCAGCUGACCAAUCAGAUGAGUAAAUAUUCUGCCAACUUAGCUGGAAGUUCGUCAGGCUGUUUAGUUUUACUAAUACCUGUGAUUUAGCCAAAUUUAACUUCUUGCCUUGCCUUGUAUCUUUUGCAUAAAGAGCGCUGAUCAACAAUUCUUAAAAGUCUAAUGUGUUCAUCAUGUUACUCUACAAUGUUGACAUUGAUGACUUCAAAUGUUUUUCUACAGUGAUCUUUUUUUGUUUCUAUUAAAAUGUAAAUCACAAUGUA